AUUAAACAAAUGGCAAAACCCCGUAGAUGCGUAGCUUCUGUAGUUUUCCAAUUUGAUUAUAAAUUUUGUCUCAGCCAAUCUGUUGUUGACCACAGUUUCAUAACCCACUUUCUUCAUUCUUGGUGAAUUUUAUGUCUUAUUGCAAUUUCCCCUUCGCUUUGCAAACUAAGAUGGAGUUCAAUUCCCAAAACCCUAAAAAAUCUGAGAUAAGAUGGAGCCCAGAUAAUCAAGGUGGUCCUGGACAAGGGAAGUCUUAUUCUUGUUACUUUUGCAAGAGAGGGUUCUCAAAUGCACAGGCCCUGGGAGGCCACAUGAAUAUCCAUAGAAAAGAUAGGGCGGCAAAGCUCAAGCAAUCUUCUGAGGAAAACUUGCUUUCAUUGGAUAUCUCAAUCAAGGCCACAAGUGAUCAUCCUAAUGACCCUUCUGAUUUCGAAGAGAAAAUUUUGUUUCGGUUGGGUGCUGGUGAAGAGAAGCAUCCUAGAAACCAUAAAUAUCCAUUCAAUUUUUUUCCUCGCAAAGAUGAUCAUCAUGAUCAUGCACCACAAAUUCCCCAUCUUCCUUCUUUUGUUUUGGGGCAGAUGGUUGAGGAGAAGAAAGCUGAAUUAGACCUUGAGCUUAGGUUAGGGCUUCAUCCUCGGGAGUCAGCAACAUUGAACACUAGAUCGUUCUUUUGAUGAGUAGCGUUUCCAAGUGGAAGAUCAGCGAAAAGUGGCUUUUAUUUCAUACCUAGCUCCUCUUCCACCUUAUCUACAAUAUAUAUAAAGGUAAUAUUUGAUUAUGUUUAAGAAUUUAAUUUUGAUGCAGUAUGGAUAUUGUUUUCACUCACAGUAACCGCAUCAAAAUUAAAUUCUAUAUAUAAAUAUAAGUCUUGUUAUUAGUUCAAUAAUGGGACGCUAUCUUGUGAACUUUUAUGUUAAUAUUGCUUUGUAUUUUUCUUCAGUACGUUGUAGCAGAUGGGUUUGCAUGUGAUUUUUUAUUUGUCUUUCUUUUUAUUCUUUUGGGGUAAUUAUUGUUGUUAUAUCUACAGUAUAUAUACUGUUUCUGUAAUCAUACAGCUGUUAUUGCAAUAUGUUGGUUUCGAAUUAUGAUUCUCCCAA